CCCCGCCCUGUUCCCUCUCUGGUCGGGUCAGGCGCGGCCGGCCCUGCGAGCUCCCGGCACAGGCUGAGGGAGAGAGAGAGAGAGAGAGAGGGGAGGAGGACUCAGGGCGUAGGAGCCGGGGAGCCCUCCCGCGCCACAGGCUACCACAGCCUGGGAUCUGCUGCUGAUGGACUUCAAGAGCCCCUAAUACUGUGGGUGGAUAAAAACCUGAAAUGUUGAAUGAAGACUGGCUUAUGAGCAAAUUUCCAGAGACUUGGUGAAGAUAGGAAAGCUAUCAAAAAGACCAUAGGACUAUUGUACUGUAUUUGCUGUUUAUCCUGAAGCUCAGCUGAGGCAGAGCUCAGCUGAUCUCUGUUUCUUGACUGUUUACUUCCUAUUGGCCAACCAAGAUUUUAUUGGAGAAUUCUGUUGCACAGAGCCUACCAUCGUCUGUGGGCCGUAACAGGAGCAUGCAUUUGCAAGUGUCAGUUAGAUUUGUGGAUCAAUAAAGUUUUCGUGAAAGGUGGGCACUUUUGGUGACAUUGUCCAGUUCUCACAAUGUAUCAUUCCUUGUCUGAAACUAGACAUCCUCUGCAGCCAGAAGAACAAGAAGUGGGCACUGACCCCUUGUCGAGUUACCCAGACAAGCCUGGAGGAGAUUCAAAUCAAAAUGGAAGAACAAGUUCUUUAGACUCUGAUGGGACUUUUAAUUCCUAUAGGAAAGAAUGGGAAGAACUAUUUGUAAACAACAAUUACUUGGCAACAAUAAGGCAGAAGGGGAUUAAUGGGCAGCUGAGAAGCAGCAGGUUCCGCAGCAUUUGCUGGAAGCUUUUUCUUUGUGUUCUUCCUCAAGAUAAAAGUCAGUGGAUAAGUAAAAUUAAAGAACUAAGAGCAUGGUAUAGCAGCGUUAAAGAAAUACACAUCACAAACCCUAGGAAGGCUGUUGGCCAGCAAGACCUGAUGAUCAAUAACCCCCUUUCCCAGGACGAAGGGAGUCUUUGGAACAAAUUCUUCCAGGAUAAAGAACUUCGGUCAAUGAUUGAACAGGACGUCAAAAGAACGUUUCCUGAAAUGCAGUUUUUCCAACAAGAAAGUGUGAGAAAAAUUCUUACAGAUGUUCUUUUCUGUUAUGCUAGAGAAAACGAGCAGUUGCUUUAUAAACAGGGAAUGCACGAGCUGCUGGCUCCUAUCGUCUUCACCCUCCACUGCGACCACCAGGCCUUUCUCCAUGCCAGUGAGUCUGCGCAGCCAAGUGAGGAAAUGAAAACUCUCCUGAACCCUGAAUAUCUGGAACAUGAUGCCUAUGCAAUGUUCUCACAGCUUAUGGAAACUGCUGAACCUUGGUUUUCUACUUUUGAGCAUGAUGGUCAAAAGGGGAAAGAAACCCUGAUGCCUCCUAUCCCCUUUGCUAGACCACAGGAUUUGGGGCCAACAAUUGCUAUUGUUACUAAAGUCAACCAGAUCCAGGAUCAGCUACUGAAGAAGCAUGAUAUUGAGCUUUACAUGCACCUGAACAGACUAGAAAUUGCACCACAGAUAUAUGGGUUACGGUGGGUGCGGCUGCUGUUCGGCCGAGAGUUCCCGCUGCAGGACCUGCUGGUGGUCUGGGACGCCCUGUUCGCCGACGGCCUCACCCUGACUUUGGUUGACUACGUCUUCGUGGCCAUGUUGCUCUACAUCCGAGAUGCUUUGAUCUCCAGUAACUACCAGACCUGUCUUGGCCUUCUGAUGCAUUACCCACUCAUCGGGGACGUUCACUCACUGAUUCUUAAGGCUCUGUUCCUUCGGGACCCAAAGAGAAAUCCACGACCAGUGACUUAUCAAUUCCAUCCAAAUUUGGAUUAUUACAAAGCCCGAGGAGCAGACCUCAUGAAUAAAAGCCGGACCAAUGCCAAAGGCGCUCCCCUAAAUAUAAAUAAGGUCUCGAACAGCCUGAUUAACUUCGGAAGGAAGCUGAUUUCUCCUGCGGCGGCCCCGGGCGGUGCAAGCGGCCCCGUGGCAGCGGGCGGUGCCAGCGCCCCGUCCCCAGUGGCGGCUCCCACCAGGACCUUGGCGGAGGCCCCCAGGCACACUCUGCAGCAGCAGCAGCAGAGGCUGAUGAAAUCGGAAAGUAUGCCCGUGCAGCUGAACAAAGGCGAUGUAGUUACAGGAAGCGAUGCUCAGGUUUCUGUUCCUGUCCAGACCCUAACUGACCUCCCAGGACAAAGUUCUAAAAACAUCAGUUCCUCUCCGAGCAUUGAGAGUUUGCCUGGAGGGAGAGAGUUCACUGGCUCCCCACCUUCAUCUGCUGCUAAGAAGGAUUCCUUUUUCAGCAACAUCUCCCGAUCGCGCUCACACAGCAAAACUAUGGGCAGGAAAGAAUCUGAAGAAGAAUUAGAAGCCCAAAUUUCCUUCCUUCAAGGACAGUUGAACGACCUGGAUGCCAUGUGCAAGUACUGUGCGAAGGUGAUGGACACCCAUCUUGUAAAUAUUCAAGAAGUGAUAUUACAGGAAAAUUUGGAAAAAGAGGAUCAGCUUCUGGUUUCCCUGGCUGGACUAAAGCAGAUCAAAGACAUCCUGAAGGGCUCCCUGCGUUUCAACCAGAGCCAGCUGGAGGCCGAGGACAGCGAGCAGAUCAGCAUCGCAGAUGACCACUACUGCAGCGGCGCCGCCCCGCAGGCCCCGCCAGCAGCCCCGGGUCGCCGGGAGCGGCCGGGCGCGGACGACUUCGUCCUGGUCUCCAAGGACUGCGAGGAGCGAGGCGCCGGGCUGAGCCCCUCGGGCCAGGCUCAGCCGCUGCGGCCGCUCCGGGGCGCCGCCCGGCCGGUGCUCGUGUUCUCCGACCCGCUGACCGGCCCGGCCUCCGCCUCCUCCAGCAACCCCAGCUCCAGCCCCGACGACGACAGCAGCGGCCACAGCAAGGACUCGGGCUUCACCAUCGUGAGCCCCCUGGACCUCUGAUGGCCGCCGGCCACCCCGCUGCCCCGGGAGACGCCCCUGCCCGCGCGCCCGGCCGGGUGCUGCCCUCGGGGCCUGCGUCGGAAGCCCACCGGGCAGCGCCAACCUCUCCUCCGCACUCCCGCCGUCCGGGGGAGGAGGAGCGGGCCUCCAGCCUCCCCUGGGGCGCCGGCGGACAGCUGGGGAGAGCUGGGCGCGGGCGCAGCAGGGCUCCAGUGUUCUCCAGCCUCAGACCCCACGUCCCCGGCUGUCAGCGCCCCUCCUCAGACAGCCGUCUUCACCUUCGGAAUCUGAGCGUCGGAAAAGAAGGCCGAGAGCGCCAAGCCGGCCUUGCUGCGCGCCCCGCUGGCGCCCGCUGCAGCAGGGCCUCCAGGAGCCGGGGCAGCUCCCGGAAGGCCCCGCUUUCUCCUGUUGCUUGGCUCAUCCCUUUGAAGAGAAGGUCAAAAGAGGGUUGACCUUUGCAGUGUGGAAAUCCGGACUGACCCUGCGCUGGGUCACUCCCCCGCCAGACUCUGAGCUCAGGCAGCACAGCUUACCGCUCUUGUCCCCAGCCUCUGCUCUGGGAAAGGAAGUGUUGGAUGGAAUGACCCUGGGUUCUCAAUUUUGCUGAUGCUAAAAGCCUAUGUGAACCGCAGAAAUGACAUGUGCCUUGCUCCCAUUUAAGUCACAUACUAGCUAAUACCUUCUGUUACUAUAAAUGUAGCAAUUUCUUAAUAUUUUAAGUCUUUUUUAUGAUUUCUGGAUUUUCACUGAAUAUUGCUAUUUACUGGCCAGAUAAGUUCAAGGAUUGCUAACAGUAAUCUAAAUUACACAUUAUUUUAUUUCUCAGUCUACAAAUCUGCUUUUAAUUUUUCACUAUUUUCUACUCAUUUUGUUUUUCCACGCAGAGUUCAUUUCAGCACUAGGAGCCUCGGUUACUGGCUGGCUGCUCACCUGUGUGAGCAGGAAACUGCACUGUUACUAUUCAGGUAACAGGUUUAAUUUUCUAACUGGAAUGAUACUGAGUGAAGACCAGUGGACAUGCACAGGCAAGCGAUAAGAGCCGGGCUGAGGACGUAUUCUGUAAAAGGGUAUUUCAGGGUCUGGGCAGAAAUAAAGUCAGUGUAUCGGCCUGAGCAGAUGCCGUGAGCAAAAAGUGAGACACCACAGUGCAGAUCCCACAGUUAUCCCACUCACUUACCCGAGUGGCUGAAAAGAAAAUGGACAAAUCUAAAAGCAGUUAUUGAGGAUUUAGAAACCUUUUACACUUCCAAAAUUUGCGAGCAGUUUGGUUUGGGAGAAGCAGUCAUUAGGCUGCAGUGUCCAGUAGCUCUUCCAAAAUAGUGUGGCGUUUCACUGAUCCAGAAAAUAAAGUCUGGUGUUAACGAACAACUCAGCUGACCGGAGGAACACGGCAGCUGCCGCAGCCGCUCCACGUGCCCCUGGCCCACGGUCUGCACGGGGUCCAGGCUCGCCCCCCGCAGGACCUGAGAGGCUGAGAAGGGGCGAGGUGUUGGCUUCACAGAGAGCAGCCGCUGUGUAAAGUCGGGGCCACUGUAUGUACCGAAAGCAAAAUGCCAAACCAGACACGCCUCUGACAAAGCUGUUUACCAAGUCGCUGGCCACUCUUAGUAGAAUUACCUUGAACUGGAAAUUUUAAAAAAGUUAAACUUUGAUUAAAUGCACGCACUGCUAUUGGAGAAAUACCAUAAAUCAUGUCUUUAAUGCGGCCGCCGCUUCAUACAGCGAGAGGCAUGCACAGGGCAUUGCUGCCACGCCGGUGCCUUGACGUGGCCUGCGCACCCAGCAGGGCCCAGCCAGGAGCGGCCGCCACCACAGUGCCCUGGAAGCCCGUGCUCUGCACGUUCAGGGGCUCGGGCUACUCACAUUCUCAGUAAGCAUGGCUCUCAGCAGGCAUGCUGCCAGAAUCACCCAGCACCCAGAGGCCCCGGCAAUCAUACGUAAGUAAAACUUCUUUUAGGAUUUGGUUCCCCCCCACCCUGCCCAGUAAAUACUGAUUAGACCAUACAGUCCAUCUGCAUCUUAAGACAUUGUUUUCUGUUGGGAAAAUGUCUGCUUCUCAAUGGAACCAGAGUGGCUAGUCUGUUGUUCACAUUGGAACUGAAUUAUGACGUCUUUGUAUACAAAUACAGCCUGUUUGGGCCAGGAAGAGAAUUUCUUGUUAAAGAGUUUAUUUGCCUCCAUAAGCAGGGUUGCUACAUACAUUCACAGUUUUAAGAGACUGCAAUUAGCUAUUCCAGUUGUGCUUUAAAAUCCCCAUAUUAUUUUCAUUAGUGAGUGCAAAGCGAACGUCCCAUCCGGCUGACAGUUGGUCCUAGAGUUACAGACUCUGUGAUCAUCUCUAGAAAGUCCGCUCAUUCUCCAGUUUCAUCGCUUGCCUUCUCGGGUAUGACCUCGAGGCUCCGCCGCGGCUUCUGGACAUCGGCGUUUUCUGUGCCCGGCUUGCUGAGUCCGCAGGAGACGGCCGCGUAGUGGAUCUGCUUCAGGUUCUCCACGGUCUCGUUCUUGGCGUACUUCAAGAGGUCGGCUUGUCCCUGUGAUGAGACACGCAAUGAGACGGUAUGAGCUGAGGCCUGACCCACAGUUAGUCUGCCAGCACAGGCCUCCACUGAGACAGAAAGAUUUUGAUGCCUCAAGAGGGCACAUUUAUUUCUGAUAGCGCUGAAUCCAAAUAGGUCAGUUUUAACAACAACAAAAAAGUUUGUUCUCCCAGUUCUCGACAGCAGACUCCCAGGAGUGUGCUGCCCAUUCAGCCUUUCCAUUUUCUAGGGUAUUUUAUUUUUACAUACAUGGAAUCAAGCAGUUAUAUUUUUCUUCAGUUUCCUUUUUUUUUCCCACCAAAAGUCAUGUCUUGGCAAUCUUUCCAUGUCAGUAUAGAUCUACCAUAGGGUGACAGAAUUUUUAAAAACAAAAUUCUCCAGGUAGUCUAGGGUAAUUAAGGCAGUAAUAACAAGAGUUCUUUAUCUGCUUGAGUCUCACGUUCAGACAAGUCAUCACAGCAUUGUCAACAGACCAGACCGUUACCCAGCAGCGACACCAAGGACCCUUACGUGUGACAAACCCGGGCCUGGGAGCCGCCGGGCUUCACCCCCUCACGCCCACUUUGCUCUGCGCGCCUGCAGCUCCAGGCCCCCGGACCUGGCGCUGGGACGAGGAGGGUGUGAGGCUGGGAGGGCGCUCUCUGCGGCGGCAUUCACGCCUGUCGCUUCAGAGCCCACUGAAGAGCAAAGGCUGCUGAAAAUGGCGUCACCCACCCACGACCCAGGGGUCUGGAUUUGGACACCGACCACACUAGCUUGGCAGUGUUUUCAUUUGAGAAACUGAAACGCUAUUUGGUUUCACACAUUCUUCCAGUUUUAUAACUAAUUCCAUUUUCUUUGUACCUUGAAAGACGUAUAACAACCUUACAGGUCAAAUAAUUAAGGUUCUCAGAAAAUAAUCUUUAGACGAUGUAGCUGAAGGCAGGGCUCUUGCUGACUGCUGCUCACCCAGGGCUGGGGCAGAGGCUGGAGCAGCCGAGAAAGGCAUGACCUCGGCAGAUGCAAAGCACCGGAGCCAGCAGCCGCCCAGCAGCAGUGGGCCCGUCCACAAGCUUACUGUGUGACCACAAAAGAUGUCCUCAUCAAUAAAAACAUUUCAAAGCA